UGGAGCACUGGGGACCGGAUAGCUGGAGACAUUGGUCAGCGAGGGAGAGGACUUGCUGCCUGGUCACUGCUCCGCACUGGAAGAGAGUGACUGAGGCACUAGUCAGUGUGGGGCAGGAUUUUGGGCAGUGGACAGUGUGAGAUAGGAUCUAGGCCAGUGGUCAGUGGCAGGGUGAGUAAGUGGUCUGAGAAGUGGGUGUUGUGAAUACAAUGAGCUCCCCACUUGCAUCUCUAGGAAAGUUAAAGAAAGUCUCGCUGCUCCUGCCGGAGCUGCAGGAUCACAGCAAACAAGCAGUGUGCUUUGAAAAGGACUGCUACACAGAUGAUGAGGCUGCGUUGCUGACUGAGAUCCUGCCUCCUUUAUCAUGGGCACACUCCUCAACAGCUUCUACUUCCUCCUCAUCAUCAAGAUCAAAGACAAAAGUCUCGAGUCUCAGUGAUGCUGAGCUCAUGUCCACUAUGGUGAAACGGCUGACCGAGAUGGAGCAGCGGGUCCAAACCCAGGCACAGGAGAUCAGCAGGAAGAACCAGAAAAUAGCUGUGUUGGAAGAAAAGCUGAGUUUACUCCAACUGUCCAAUGCUGAUAAGCCCAAAAGACAACAGGAGCUGGAAAAAUUACUUCAGCUUCAGAAUCAAGUGUGGGAAAUGGAGAAGUUCCUGAAUGAUUAUGGGAUGAUCUGGGUCGGUUCAGAGAAGGAUGAGGCCAGUAGUGUGUAUCUAAAGGAGGAGGAGGAGCCCCAGGAGCAUCCUGAUCCCAGUGGGCUAAUUUCAUACCCAGGUGAUGCGGCUAUGACAUCUUUUCAGAUGGACUUUGAUUUAGUUCUGGAAAAUUUAAAAGAUUUGAAUAUUCUUGCUGGUGAAGGGGAAGCUAGGAUUGAGCACAUCAUGGGAGGAGCUCGGCUAAAGAGACCAGAACCUGUACCACUCACACUCUUCAAGAAUGGGAUUGUGAUGUUUAAUGGCCCAUUCAGAUCGUUUGAUGAACCGUUAACACAGCACUGUAUGCAAGAUAUCAUGGAUGGAUAUUUCCCUUCAGAGCUGCAGAACAGGUACCCAGAAGGAGUUCCAAUUAAGGUAACUGACAGGAGAGAUGUGGUCUUUCGGGACAGGCGGUUACAUGCAGAAUUCCCCGGCGUGGGACAGACAAUAGAAGGGAGUCGUAUCCCCAGAGUCUCAGCACAGCAAGAUUCCAAGGUUCUAAAGGAGACGAGUGAAAUUCCAGGCCCGAAACUAUCUGUGGAACAGUUUCUGAACAAACUGCCUAAAACUGUCAUCCGGGCGGGGAAAGUGAUCGAUAUCAGGGGAGACAUCAAAGACAUUCUGCAGGUCCCUUCCAAUCCAUCGGAUGAAAAUAUGAUCCUGAUCAAAACUCCGAUUUUAGAAGAACUGAGAGAGAGGCUGAAGUUCAGUGAGGAAAAUCGCCCAGCAUCGAGAGACAUAUCCACCCUCAGGAUCAAGUCAGAGAAUGGAGAGAAGACGUACAUAGUCAAAAUGCUUUUCACUGAGACAGUUGGAGACCUUCGCACUUACCUCAACCAGAACAGGGGAAAGCCGAAGGUUGAUUACGACAUUAUCAGCACCUUCCCACAGCAAAUCUACAGCGAUCAGUCCAAGACACUGAAGGAGUAUGGGCUCAUUCCAAACGCCAUGCUCAUCCUGCGAGCCCAAAGGCCCCAGCUCCUCAAUCACGAGCAGGGAGUAGUCAGUCCGUGGGAGGAAUAAACUCAACGGAAUGAGAGCCACCAGUCCGGCCACUGGUGAUUCAAUGCUAUUCCAUUCCCCUCAAACCAAGUUGGUAAAAUAAACCCACAAUCACCCACCAACACUGGGAGCCGAUCGUAGGAACUGAGUCCCAGUGUCUGUGACAAGGUCCAGAAGAAACUCCAAAGUGUAUCAACAAAGGUUAUCUGCAACUCUUGGAUUCUUUACUAAUUUGUUUCCUACUUAAAGUAAAUCUCAGCACAAAUUACCAGUUGGAGUAUAAUGACAAAUGCCCAAAAUAACCAAUGUCCAAUUGACUUGCAAGUUCCAUAGGGAUGACCAUCAUCAAGCAAGGUCAAAGGUGAGACUCCUCUAACCCUAUCCUCCACAUGCAUGGACUCGGAUUGAAACCAGCUUAUCCACAUUCGCAAUCUAAACCUGCUGGGAAAAGUAAAGCAAAAUAUCUAACUCCAUAGUCAGGUUGAUUUAGUUUUCACUCCUAAGCGACUAAAGCCAGCCACUGAUUGGUCUGUCACUCGGGUCCUGCCUGCAGUUAUUCUUUUAGACUUUACGGACACCAGACUGCACACAUGUAGUGAAUCUAAUUUAGGCAUUCCUAAAACUGUGACUCUAGUUCCGGUAAUGGUAAUUUUCCUAUCAUUUCAAAAUAUUUUAAAUAAAAAUUGGUUGAAGAAAAUAAGUAUUGCCCUAUUCAGCAAUAUC